CACGAUGGUGCACGUGUCCGAGUUCGACAAGAUCUACAACGACGCGCAGCGGCAGGGGCGCAUCUCCUUCUACAUGACCUCCCGCGGCGAGGAGGCGGCGAGCGUGGGCUCCGCCGCGGCGCUGCAGCCGAGCGACAUGGUGCUGCCUCAGUACCGCGAGCUCGGCGUCUUCUUCUGGCGGGGCAUGACGAUGGCGGAGAUCGCGAACCAGCUCUGCGCCAACGCGCUCGACCGCGCGCACGGCCGGCAGCUGCCGCUCCACACCGGCAGCGCCGAGCGCAACAUCAUCUACGUCAAGUCCACGCUCGGCACGCAGUGCCCGCACGCGGCUGGCGUCGCGUACAGCCUCAAGCAGGGCGGCGGCGAGCGGGUCGCGAUCUGCUACCUCGGCGAGGGGACGUCGUCGGAGGGCGACUUCCCCUCCGGCCUGAACAUCGCCGCCGUCCACGGCUGCCCCGUCGUCUUCUUCUGCCGCAACAACGGCUACGCCAUCUCCACCUCCUCGAGCGACCAGUAUGCCGGCGACGGUGUCGCGCCGCGCGGGCCGGCAUACGGCCUGCCGACGAUCCGGAUCGACGGCAACGACCUGCUCGCCGUGGUCGCCGCGACGCAGCGCGCGCGGGCCAUCGCCAUCGAGCAGCGGCGGCCGGUCCUCGUCGAGGCCAUGACGUACCGCAUCGGCGCCCACUCGACGUCGGACGACGACUCGGCGUACCGCAACCCGCACGCGCCUGAGCAGGGGUGGGACUCGGAGCGCGCGUACUGGGAGGCGCGCUCGCCGAUCAUCCGGUUCGGGCGGUACCUCCAGUCCCUCGGCUGGUGGUCGCCCCAGAUGGAGGAGGACCUCCGCAAGGCGACCCGCAAGCAGGUGAUCAAGUCGCUAAACGACGCGUCGGCCGCGCCAAAGCCGAACAACGCGUACCUCUUCUCCGACGUGUACGACGAGCCGUCGUGGCUGCAGCGGGACCAGGAGGCGGCCCUCAACGCGCACCUCGACAAGUACCCGGAGCACUACCCCGCGGUGGUGCGCUGAGGCUGCUCGGGACUCUGUGAGAGAGAGGCUGUGCGAGAGGGCUCCCAGGAUGUGAUGCGCCGGCGUGAGUGAGAACGCCGUCGGUGGUGCAGCAUGAGGGCUCUUGGCCGCUGGCGGUCCGCGCCGCGAGUUCCCGAGAGCCAUGCGCGGGGAUGCGCUCAGCCGUGUCGGGAGAGAGUCUGCAGAGAGCAGAGAGCUCGCGACCUCUCUGUCUCUUUACUAACGACGUUUGAGAGUAACAGGCGCACUUAUAUAU